GCUUGCUUAUGCCUUAAGAAGCUUGAGUUCUCUGAUUUACUCGGGACCCUUUUCCGCUGUAGUAUCCCUCGGAACUUGCAGUGAAAUGAAUGAAUAAGUAUAUCGGAUGUCUAACCUCAUGUUUCUCCGAGUAUAUACACACAGUACCCGGGCCUGCCUCGCUCCUAGUCUAUGUUUAUCCUUGCUUCGUUGGGCACUUAUCAUGGAUCAUGAUCAUAGACUAGUAAGUAUCAUCUGCCUCGCUGGUGCCUGUGCCCUGUCAAAUGGUCAUGGCGUCAUCUUUACCUUCGCUUAAUGCCGUCCUGCUACUUGCGAGCUAGAACCCUAAACUCGGAUGCGGAUGUCUACGUUACCACAAGGCUUACAGCCGC